GUGUGAUGCUGAAAGGAUCUCCGGCGCGCCGAGGCGGAGACGCGCAGUGUCCCUGUGCGUUUAGAGGAGGCAGGAGGUGAGCGACGAGGAGCAGACAGCAGAUCUACACAUUGCAGGCAUCUAUUCCUUCAUUGCUGGCGUCUUUUCUCCGCCACAGUCACCUGCAGAAAAACGGCCCGCCGCUGCAGAAUUUACCCCCCUCCGAGGCCGACGGUUCCCACUAUGCGUCGGAUCUAACAUCCGCCGAGAAAACGAGGAAUAUCGUGCACACUGGUUGAUGUGGACACCUGCACCGUGGACAUGCAAAAGAUAGCGAAUUUAUCCGUUUCGUUUCUGUUGGUUUUAUGGGGCUGCGCGCUGGGAGGAUCACCCAGUGUCCAAAUCGGCGGACUCUUUCCCAGGGGCGCGGAUCAGGAGUACAGCGCCUUUCGGAUAGGAAUGGUUCAGUUCGGCACCUCGGAAUUCAGACUGACGCCUCACAUCGACAAUCUGGAAGUGGCGAACAGCUUCGCCGUCACCAAUUGUUUCUGUUCACAGUUCUCGAGAGGAGUGUAUGCCAUUUUUGGGUUCUACGACAAGAAGUCUGUCAACACCAUCACAUCAUUCUGUGGGACUCUCCACGUCUCCUUCAUCACGCCUAGCUUCCCUCUGGAUGGAGCUCAGAGUUUCAUCAUACAGAUGAGACCUGACAUUAAGGGGCCACUCCUCAGCCUCAUUGAGUACUACAAGUGGGACAAGUUUGCAUACCUGUACGACAGCGAUCGAGGCCUGACGACUCUUCAGGUUGUUCUGGACACAGCAGCAGAGAGAAAGUGGCAGGUGACAGCCAUCAAUGUGGGGAACCUGAAAGAUGAGAGGAAGGAUGAAGCAUACCGCUCGCUGUUCCAAGACCUGGAGAACAAGAAGGAGAGGAGGGUGAUCCUAGACUGUGAACAAGACAAAGUGAAAGACAUUAUGGAGCAGAUCAUCACAAUUGGCAGACAUGUUAAGGGCUACCACUACAUUAUAGCCAAUCUGGGUUUCAUUGAUGGAGAUCUGUCCAAAAUCCAGUAUGGUGGUGCCAACGUGUCAGGCUUUCAGAUCGUUGAUUUUGAUGAUCCUUUGGUGUCCAAGUUUGAUCAGAGGUGGGAGGCUCUGGAAGAAAAGGAGUAUCCGGGGGCCGACAGCAAAAUAAGGUACACAUCAGCACUGACCUACGACGCUGUGCAGGUGAUGACGGAGGCCUUCCGCUUCCUGCACAAACAGCGCAUUGACAUCUCUAGAAGGGCCAACAAUGGUGACUGUCUGGCCAACCCGGCCGUGCCCUGGGCUCAGGGAAUGGAGAUCGAGCGAGCGCUGAAACAGGUGCGUGUGGAAGGUCUGACCGGAAACAUUCAAUUUGACCAACAUGGCAAGAGAGUGAACUACUCAGUGAAUAUAAUGGAACUAAAGACUAAUGGUCCUGUAAAGAUUGGAUACUGGAAUGAAGUUGACAAAAUGGCCGUCACCAAAUCCGACAUCUUUCCAAAUGAAACAACAGGACUGGAAAACAAAACAGUUAUUGUCACCACCAUCUUGGAAGCUCCGUAUGUAAUGCUGAAAAAGAACGCUGACCUUUUUGUAGACAAUGAGCGCUAUGAAGGUUACUGUGUAGACCUGGCUGCAGAGAUAGCGAAGCACUGCGGCUUCAAAUACCAACUGAAAAUAGUGGGGGAUGGGAAGUAUGGCGCCAGGGAUGCAGAGACCAAAAUCUGGAAUGGAAUGGUUGGAGAGUUGGUCUAUGGGAAAGCAGAUAUUGCAGUGGCUCCGCUGACCAUCACUUUAGUGCGAGAGGAAGUGAUUGACUUCUCCAAACCCUUCAUGUCUUUGGGAAUCUCCAUCAUGAUCAAGAAGCCACAAAAAUCCAAACCAGGAGUGUUUUCUUUCCUGGAUCCACUGGCCUAUGAGAUCUGGAUGUGUAUCGUUUUUGCCUAUAUUGGAGUCAGUGUGGUGCUCUUCCUGGUGAGUCGCUUCAGCCCCUAUGAGUGGCACACCGAGGAGUAUGAAGAUGGACAGAUCCAGACCAAUGAGUCAACUAAUGAGUUUGGGAUAUUCAAUAGUCUGUGGUUCUCCCUUGGAGCCUUCAUGAGACAAGGAUGCGACAUCUCACCCAGAUCUCUCUCUGGCCGUAUUGUGGGUGGUGUGUGGUGGUUCUUCACAUUAAUUAUCAUUUCCUCCUACACGGCUAAUCUGGCUGCUUUCCUGACUGUGGAGAGGAUGGUCUCCCCCAUCGAAAGUGCAGAAGAUCUGGCGAAACAGACUGAGAUAGCCUAUGGAACUCUGGACUCCGGCUCUACUAAAGAGUUCUUUAGGCGCUCCAAAAUUGCCCUGUUUGAUAAAAUGUGGACCUACAUGCGCAGUGCAGAGCCCUCUGUGUUUGUAAAAACCACUGCUGAGGGUGUUCUCAGGGUCCGCAAGUCAAAGGGGAAGUAUGCCUACCUGCUGGAGUCGACCAUGAAUGAAUACAUUGAGCAGCGAAAGCCCUGUGACACCAUGAAAGUGGGAGGCAACCUGGAUUCCAAAGGAUACGGGAUCGCCACGCCAAAAGGAUCCUCAUUAAGAACGCCAGUAAACCUUGCAGUAUUGAAACUCAGUGAGCAAGGCGUCUUAGACAAGCUGAAAAACAAAUGGUGGUACGAUAAGGGUGAAUGUGGAUCCAAGGACUCUGGAAGUAAGGAGAAGACGAGUGCCCUCAGCCUGAGCAACGUGGCUGGGGUCUUCUACAUUCUGGUCGGAGGACUCGGCUUGGCCAUGCUGGUGGCCUUGAUUGAGUUCUGUUACAAGUCCCGAGCCGAGGCGAAACGAAUGAAGAUGACCUUCGGGGAUGCCAUACGGAAUAAAGCAAGACUUUCCAUAACUGGGAGUACCGGGGAGAAUGGUCGGGUGAUGACUCCAGAGUUUCCUAAAGCUGUCCAUGCUGUCCCUUACGUGAGACCUGAUAUGGGACUAAAUGUCAGCCUGACAGAUCUGUCCUGAUCAAUGAGGAACUUCUGAGUGCCUUACAAUGGUUUCAAUAGAGCGACUUUUUUUGUUUUCCUCCCUUCUUUUCUGGCUUUCUUCUGUCCAUCUGGUGAAAAAGCUAUGCGAUGGAGGCUUUGUUUUGCCUGUCACAAAGACAUACAUUAUAGCUCUUUAUCUCUAUUUUGCACCAUAUAAAAUGCCUCCCUUUCUGGGUGGAAUCACAUCUUGGAAUAUAAAAGGGAGACUAUUCAAAAUGCCAUACUUUCCCAUCUAUCUGUCGGGACUGGAGAUGGAAACGAGGGCUUGAUUGACAGCAACGGCUGCUUCUGGAAGUCGCAGUUUCAGUCAUCUCAAUGUUUGUGUGUAUGUGUGUGUGUUGGGGGGCAUGCAUCUUGAAGAUGUUGUCAAAAAUAUCUUUUCCUCCCUCCUUUUUCCUGUAGCCACCAUCACCAAACAGGAUUUUCAAGCACACUUGAUAUUAUCUGCAUUAAAAUGUGAAAUUGUCUUUUUUUUUUUUUUUUUUUUGUAAGAAAAUCUAUAAAAAGUUUAUUGGAAAAAAAUAUUUUUAUGUAUUUUCACAAAAUAGCUUUUAAAUAAACUUGCUUACAUACUGGUUGGAUAUAUACAUCUUAAUGUGUGAGUGUAAUGAAAGAAAAAAUACUAAACAGCUUCUAGUUCCUUAUUUUUAAAGCCAAAUACAUCACGUAGGAGGGCGGGAUCUUUAAUCAUGUAAUUAAUUCCUAUUCUAAACUUUCCUGUAUAGUUUAUUCUUUAACAUUUGAUGUUGAUAUGGAAUAUAUGUCAAUGCUUGACAUUUGCAAUCAAAUCCUUCUAUGUUUUUAGCGAUCGUGCCGCGAUUCAGCUUUAUUUUGUCUGUUUGUUUGCUUCGGUGCUUUUGCUGUUUGUAUUUUUUCUGACGAUGACCAGGGUUGUUUUAUUUUCAAGGGAAAAUUAGCCUGUUUACAUGCCAUGAAUGCAGAAGAAAAAAAAAGGGAAAAAAGUAUGGUACGGUAUUUUCGCAUUCCGUUUUUGAAGUGACAUCAAAACAGGCAUAGACAUCCACAUGGUUUACGUGGUAUAAAAUGCCAAAUAAGUAAGAGUGCCAAAUUCUAGUGCCAGUAGAUAUGAAUAUAGUCUUAAUAUAAUCAAUCACUGUCAUCUCAGUGAAUGUAAAUGAAACAUUCUGUAACUUUUGUAACUAGAUGUACAGUUGGUGGCAAUGACAGUGCUAAUACAAUAGCCUUUUUUUAUUUUUUGCUUUGUUUUCCCGUCUCCAUGUACUUUGCAUUGAUCUGACAAUAAAGUUGAACAAGUUGCAUGUUGUUCCCACAAAUAUUACAUGAGAUCAUUUCAUUGGUGCCAAACCUGCAUUUUAAUUUUAUUACUGAAGUGAGACUAUUUAAAAUUGGAAAUACAAUAAUAGACGUACAUACAGUAUAUACACGCAUAUAUUUUAUAUAAGAAAUUUAAGUAAAAAAAAAUUAUGCCCCUUUUCCAGUAACAGAAUUUUGUGUUGCUUACACAAAAUUUACUACAAUUUUGUGAAAAAAACCCAAAAAACUGUCAUACCAUAAAUUAGUUUAAAACACAUGUGGAAGUCUGUUAAAGUCAGAAUUUUUUUUAACAUAUACGUAAUUGAGCCAUGAAGAGCCAUCCACUAGAAAUUAAAGAGGUAAAUUGCAUUAUUCUUAUCACUGUUGCUUUAGUAUUCGACGAUAGAAACAUUGGCUGCUGUUGCUUAUUUUCAUUGCAUAUUCAGGCUAUUCUCACUGACAUUUUGUAUAUGGAAUGUGUGCUAACUUGUUUAUUUUUGGGACUCUUUCUAAAUAAAAGUGGAUAAUCUCUUGUUAUA